UAAUCGUUUUGUAGCUAUCGUUUACCGACGCACCCACCAUGUUCAUUGAGCAUCAGCAGUGUAAAAGUAUACUCGGUCCUCUUAGCACGCGUUCGUUUGAAUUUCGCUAGUCUCACUGAGUCGUGCGCGAAUUCGCACAUUUAAUUAUUGACGAACAUUUUGAUAAGUGUUUUGUUACUAUAUUUAUUCAGAUCACUUUGGAUUCAGGUACCUUGCUUGAAUGAAAUUGCCUGAAUUCGACAUGGGGUAAAAUUGGUGAAUCCUUUGCUUUAAAUUUUAACAAGGACUUUAAAGACGUAAUUUAGUUAAGUUACUAAUCAAAGUUUCUGUGGACUGUGAAAGUGUGUACAAGUGACAGCCAUGUCUUCUAUGAACUAUAUUGGUAAAUUCUUCGCGAACUUUUACGAAUUUUACAAUGAGAUAAAUAGUGCAACGCUGACGGGGGCUAUAGACGUUGUAGUAGUGGAACAACCCGAUGGCAGCUUCACCUGCUCGCCCUUCCACGUUCGCUUCGGAAAACUUGGUGUUCUGCGUUCCAGGUUUAAAGUGGUGGACUUGGAACUAAACGGGGAACCCUUAAACAUCCACAUGAAACUAGGUGAGUCCGGGGAAGCGUUUUUCGUCGAAGAAGUUGGCGAAGAUGAAGCUGAGUGCUCGGCUCAUCUCGCCACCUCGCCUAUACCCGCUUCGCGUUUCGACGAGUUGUAUGAACCGCGGCGAAGAAACUCCCUGUCCGCUGUCGAACCGGAUCACGGACAAGCGUCUGAUUACACUAAAAGAAGAUAUACAGCUGAUGGAAAAACGAUGCAGAAACCUGAUUUAAGUAAAAUAAAAAAUAAGAUAGAUGACACUAGUAGAAAUAGUGAUAAUGAAAAUGAGGCUCUCUUCGAGAUGGACGGCUUGAACGAGGGAUCGUCCGACUGGACUGACUCGAAACCAAAGACGUUCGCGGCCACGCAGCUCGGCGCGGCGGGCAGCGAAGCGAGUCAAACAGUACAAAAAAUAAGCGAACACAACGACUUCCGGCCAAUAGAAGCGGCGCCCAACCCGGACGAAUUCAAAACAAACGGCAACGGCAAAAAGAAAAAGAAGACACGGAAAGCGAGCUCAAAGAAGAAGCACCAAAGAAAAUCUUCGACUAGUUCAAUUUCUAGUCAAUCCGAUCUCACCGGCUGCGAGCAGCGCGGCUCCCAGCCGACUGCUAUACCCAACGCCACCGACAUGAACUUCUUUAAUGAUCCCGAAAUCUCAACAGCAACCCUUAGCGAAGAGUUGUCCAACAUGAAGCUGAGCGGUGACAAUCGUAUCCCGUUGGCGCUAUCCGACACGGCGUUCGAGGUGCGCGCCGCCUCCAGACACUCCAAGGAGUGUCACGGGACGCCCGUGCAGUCGGACACGGAGGUGGAGCUGGCGCGAGCCGCCGCGCCCGGCGACAAGGGCUCGCAGUCGUGGCGCUGGGGCGAGCUGCCCGAGCCGCCCGUGCGGGGCGCCGAGUCGCCCGAGUCGCCCGCCUCGCCCGCCUCUCCCGCCUCGCCCGCCUCGCCCGCCUCGCCCGACCCGCCCGCCUCGCCCGCCGAGCCGCUCAGCUCCGACGAGGAGCGCACCGGGCGCCGCGGCGUGCUCAGCGGCAUGUUCCGCUUUAUGUCCACCCGAGAGGCGACCGACACCGCGCCCGAGGGCGUCUACCUGGACGAUCUCGACCGCGGGCAAGUCGAUCCCGAUUUGUAUUUCCCGAAACAUCAUGCGGAAAAAUACCGCUCAGGCGGUGGAAGCGCAGGCGUGUCCGGUGGACCGACCGAGGAGGAGUACGAGUCCGGAAACGGACCGUCUCUGCCUCAGUCGCCCAACUCCGCCUCGCUCGACGCACCCGCGCUCGACUCCGACGACGACGAGAAACUUCUUGCUAAGGGGCAGGUGUCGGUGAUGGCGCGCGAGGGCGCGGUGUCACGCGCGCUGAGCUACGAGGAGUUCUGCGCGCGCGGCGCGGCGCUGGCGGGCGCGGAGCAGCUGGAGGUGCGGCUGGGCGCGCGCCGCCUACCCUGGCGCAGCGCCGGCCCGCUGCUGCUGUCGCUGCUGGCCUACCGCCGCCCGUUGCCCGCACGUGUGCUUGAAGAACUGGAGAAGGGAGAAAAAGAAGACACGGCAAGCCGCGCGGACGAGGCCAGCGAAGCCAAGCCGCGCUACUCGUGGUGGAGUUGGCGACGCUCCAACCAGGAUAAGAGAUCUGAAUCAUCACAACCUAAAGAUGAAGAAUUGAAGGAUUCAAGUGUGCCACAAGACGAAGUAACCAAAAUUAUUGCGAAGACUGAACCAAUUUAUGAAGACAAAGUUGAUGAUUGGGUUAACAAAAUAGAAAAGGAAGUGCCAAUCGAAGAACCACCGAAAUCUUACGAUGCAAUUGACUCUAGUGAAACUGUGCCCGUAUGUUCCAAUGCGGGCGCGCAGGAGAGCUCGUCGGAGUCGGAGCACGAGCGCGACGCGCGCCGCAGCGCCGCCUUCCGCAAGACGCUGCGCCUCUCCUCCGACCAGAUCAAAAAUUUAAAUUUACGCGAGGGCAUGAACGAGAUGGUGUUCAGCGUGACGACCGCCUACCAGGGCACCACGCGCUGCAAGUGCAACGUGUUCCGCUGGCGCUACGACGACAAGGUCGUCAUCUCCGACAUCGACGGGACCAUCACCAAGUCUGAUGUUCUUGGCCAUAUUUUCCCUCUUGUUGGAAAAGAUUGGGCGCAGUCUGGUGUAGCACAACUCUUCACCAAAAUCAAGAACAACGGCUACCAGCUUCUUUAUCUGUCUGCGAGAGCCAUCGGUCAAGCCAGGGUAACUCGAGAAUAUCUGCGUUCGAUCAGACAAGGAGAACUCUGCCUACCAGACGGACCACUGCUCUUGAACCCCACUUCUCUUCUGCGCGCUUUCCACCGAGAGGUCAUUGAGAAAAAGCCGGAAGAGUUUAAGAUUCAGUGUUUAGCCGAUAUAAAGGCGCUGUUCCCACCUGGCUCGAACCCUUUCUACGCCGGUUAUGGCAACAGAGUUAACGAUGUUUGUGCAUAUCAAGCCGUCGGCAUUCCGAUAGUGAGGAUAUUCACUAUCAACUACAAGGGCGAACUCAAGCAUGAAUUGACACAAACAUUCCAGUCCACUUACCACGUGCAAAGUGACAUGGUCGAUGAUUUAUUUCCGCCACUGAAAUGUGAUAAAACUAUUAGCUAGCGCGAAAUUUAGGUGUUUAGUGUAGACUUGAAU